AUGGUGUUCCGAUCCCCUUUAGAGCUUUAUCCCACCCAUUUCUUUCUGCCAAACUUCCCCAGCGACCCGCACCACCACCACCGCUCGCUUCUUCUGGCCACUGGUGGCAGCAGCAGCGGCAGCAGCAGCAGCGCCGGAGCUGGAGGCGGCGGCGGCGGUGGCAGCGGCGGCGCCGCCACCGGGUGCAGCGCCGGAGCGGCCGGUGGCGGUGGCGGCGGCGCGGGAGGAGGAGGAGGAGGAGGAGGAGGCGCCUCGCGGGGAGCCCCGGAAGAGCCGUCCAUGUUCCAGCUGCCCACGCUCAACUUCUCCCCGGAGCAAGUGGCCAGUGUCUGCGAGACGCUGGAGGAGACGGGGGACAUCGAGAGGCUCGGCCGGUUCUUGUGGUCCUUGCCGGUAGCGCCCGGAGCGUGCGAAGCCAUCAACAAGCACGAGUCCAUCCUGCGGGCCCGAGCGGUGGUGGCCUUCCACACGGGCAACUUCCGAGACCUUUACCACAUCCUGGAGAACCACAAGUUCACCAAGGAGUCUCACGGCAAGCUGCAGGCCAUGUGGCUGGAGGCGCACUACCAGGAAGCCGAGAAGCUGCGCGGACGCCCCUUGGGGCCGGUCGACAAGUACCGAGUCCGCAAGAAGUUUCCCCUGCCGCGCACCAUCUGGGACGGCGAGCAGAAGACCCACUGCUUCAAGGAACGGACUCGCAGCCUCCUGCGGGAAUGGCUCCAGCACCAGGCGAUCGGACAGAGCGGCAUGCGGUCCUUGUCAGAACCUGGCUGCCCGACGCACAGUUCGGCGGAGUCUCCGUCCACGGCGGCCAGCCCCACUACCAGCGUCUCCAGUUUGACAGAAAGAGCCGAGACGGGGACCUCCAUCCUCUCGGUAACCUCCAGCGACUCAGAAUGUGAUUUGAAGUACUUCACCUUCAACCAUUGGGAAAAGUGCCCUGUGACACUGAAUGUUCACCAAUAUUCACACUGUAAAGAGGAAGAGGCCAAUUGCAGAUUAUUCACAUAUACCUGUAACCAUCAGGAUGAAGCUCACAAGUAUCUGGGCAUUUUACAGUUCGAUAGCAUCAAGCAUGGACAGGUUAAAAACAUGGUUAGCAAAGAAUACAUCCCAAGAGUAAGAAAAAUGCUGAAGACAAAAUUGAAUGGUGGAAACAAAUCAAACCCAUCAAUACCUGGGCUAUACUUGUUAUAUGAUACCCUGCUGGAAUUAUUAACUGAACACCAGUUGAACCAAACAACAAGAAAGCUAAUGACUAUUCACUAUGCAUUACACUCUCAUGGUGAUAUUGAUAGAUUAUACCUGCUCCACAGAAAUAGAGACAGAGGUUUACUUCAAGUCAAACAAAUUGUCAAAGAAGAAAAGUAA